AAAAGGGGACAUGGGGCUAGAAAACAGAGGGAUUUGGACCCCAAAACAGGGACUUUCUCUCCUAAAUAGGAGCAGUUGAUAGCUAGGUAUAGCCUGCCCCACACAAUAGUAAGAGGCAGUCAGUGUAAGUCAGUUUAAUAGCGCUCUCCCUGUAAUGCUGGAUAUACAGCAUGGAUCUCAACCCCCCCGGCUGUCUGACGUGUCACAUGUUCGCCGCCCAUUUUCAGGCACCAGCGUGACGUCACGGCCCGAACCUUCCCGGCUACCGUCCGCCUGGUUGCCGCGGUGACCGGCUUUGGGCUGGCUCGGGGCCCAGUGACCGGGUCUCUGAGCCAUGGGGCCCAGCACCGUGAACAGGAGCCUGAGCUCCGGCUCUCCCCCGCCUGCCUCCGGCCGCUCCUCUCCCGGCUGCGGGAAUGGGGCCAUGAUGGAGAGCUUCGGCAUCUUCCUGCAGGGCCUGCUGGCUGUCAUGGCUUUCAGCAUCCUAAUGUUGAAACGUUUUAGAGAACCAAAGCAUGAAAGACGACCUUGGAGAAUAUGGUUUCUAGAUACAUCCAAACAAGCUAUCGGGAUGCUCUUCAUUCACUUUGCAAAUGUUUACCUGUCGGAUCUCACGGGAGAGGACCCAUGCUCAUUAUACUUAAUAAACUUUCUAUUGGAUGCAACACUGGGCAUGUUGCUCAUCUAUGCUGGAGUUCGAGUGGUAAGCUGCGUGGUGGAGUGGGGACAGUGGGACUCAUUGCGUUUUGGUGAAUAUGGAGAUCCUGUGCAAUACAAAGCUUGGGUUGGGCAAUGUGCCCUCUACAUCGUCAUCAUGGCCUUUGAGAAAACAGCCAUUGUCCUGGUCCUGCUGAUACCAAAUCUGAAAGAGAUUGCCAUGCUUAAUCCUAUAGAAAACCCAGAACUUGAACUGGCCAUUGUGAUGCUUAUUGUGCCCUUCUUUGUUAAUGCAUUAAUGUUCUGGGUGGUGGACAACUUUCUGAUGAAGAAAGGCAAGACAAAAGCCAAAACAGAGGAGAAAAAUGGAAGCCCAGAGUCCCGAAAUGGGAACAAAAUCCGAUACCGGCGGGCAGCAUCUUAUGAUGAAUCGGAAUCAGAAAUCCUCAUAUCAGCAGACGAUGAAAUGGAAGAGUCUGAGGGUGAGGAAGAUCUACGCAGACUGACCAACUCCAAGACGGUCAAGAAAAAGAAGCAUAGAUUUGGCCUGCCUGUAUGAUACUCCUUUUAGUCCUAGCAUGACAUGGCCUGCAGGCAGAACGGAGUCCACCAUGUUGGCACAGGAACUCUUUCAGCCACUACCUCUACUGUCCAAAUGACUUAAAGAGGGUUGAUCGGAGGGGGCUUGCAGCAAUCUCACUAACCCCUUAUCACAAUUUCCUAGAGUGUUGGGAUGUUAUGGAAGGGGCACAAGAGACUUCAGUUGCACUACUGGCUGCUGCCCACGCACAUUACCCAAUGCAGGCAUUAUAAGCAAUAAAAGCUGUUGUCUGCUGAUUCUUGGAUUGGGGAAAAGACAGACAAUACUAAAGGUUAACCCUGCACACACUGAUGAUUCAUUCCAAUGAUAUUUCCUCAAUAAUAGUACACGUGAAACUGGGUGACCGAUUCUGACUGUGCCUCCUUCUACUAAAGGUGUCUUAUAAUUCUUAAAUAAGGUUUUAUGUUACAAAUGGCCAAACUGCCAGAGUCUGCUGUAGUUGUCCACCCUGGAGGGCGCACUCACUAUUUCAGCAUUUGCCGAUAUUGGCUCAGAAAACACUGCUGCUGAUUCCACCAAACAUAUAUUUGCUGCCCUGUUUAAACCGCUAUAUCCAAUCUGUCUUCAGUUGCAUAAAAUAUAUCUUGUGAGACAUUGCAGGAAAACUGGACUUCCCUAUCUAAGAGUUCAUAUCAUCAUUAUUUUUCUAAGCAGUUUGUUUUCAGAUUUCCUACAAUGUCAUCUUUGAACUAUACUUUUAGUUUAUUUUUUUCUGUGAGGUUGUUCCCAGGUGAUACCUUACACCUUAUUCUGUUACAACAUAAAGGGAUAUUAUGUGGAGCUAAUGGCAUUGUUUAGAUUGUAGUGUAUGUUGUCCUGUUUGGAGAGCAUGCAAUAUGAAACAUGACAACAAUCAUUGCCGUUUUCCAUUGAUUAGCAGAGUCUAAGUGUUUUGCAUCUUUCAUAAAUUUACUAGUGGUCUGUAAGGACCGAAGACAUUUUUUUUUUAUCUGGCAAGGAAAAUAAAUAUCUUCUAGGCUGUAGCUCCAACACAGUGUUGGAACUAUUGUUUGUAUCAAAAACCCUUUGAGUACAUGGAGAAUAGUGGAUGUGGUAGAACCUCCCUGACACAUCUUUGGGGUCACAUUUGCAACAUUUAGAACAUGUUUUUCCAGUGUUUAGAAUUAAGAUUACUAACUUCUGUUCCUCUAGGGAUCACAAAUAUAUACUAUUGAUCGUUCUUGAUCUACCAUUUAAACAUCACUCAUUCUCAGACUCAUUCUAGAGCAGUGCUUCUUAACCUGAUUUGUCAAGGACCCAAAAUACAUUACAUCAAAUUGUAUUUAAAAAUAGUCUAGUGUCCCAUUCUUUAAAUUUAAAACAUAGCUCUGUGACACAUAUUUUUAAAUUAUUAUAAAAUCUAACAAACAGAAUGCAAAAUAUUUUAAUUUGACCCUUCCCAGUAACCAGAGACUUUCCAUCAGCACUGGAAGGCAACACUGCUAUGAUAAACCAUUUAUUGUGAGCAGUGUCAGAGCCUCGCCUAAUAAAUGAGAUAAACCUGCCACUGGGGACAAUCUGAAAUAGCAUGGAGAUCCCCUUUGAGGUCCAGACACAAGGCUUACAAAUCAGUGUUUUAGAGCAGUGUGAAAUGGGGGGAAAAGUGGGCUUAUUGUAGUUCAUUAUUUGCCAUUUGUUUUUAAGGAUAAGGUUGAAUAUGCUUGUAACCCUUCCACUACUAGCGUGGUCUGCAGUAUCUAUAUAUAACACUUUCCCCAGAUCAUGCUUUAGGGAAGACUCUGCCUUAACAUAUUAUUUUAUUGCUCAUUACAAUAGCUUUGAGGUUAAAUCAUUCCUUUGCACCUUUUGCUCCCAGAGGUACAUGUGACUUAUUGCAAUUUCCACUGGUGACUGAGGUGUUUUUUUCCCCUUAGGUCUGUUUUUUUUGUAAUUUAUAUUUUCUUAACAGUUUUAAAAAUGUCUGCUGCAAGGUUAAAGAAAUAUAUAAAAUGAAAAUGUGUUUUUUGUCUCUGUAUGUUAAAGGACAUAUUUUCCUAUUUUGAAGAUGCAAAACUGAAAUGUGUUUUAUUUUGUUUAUUUGGUAUUUAAUAUACCUUUUGUGACAAAGUUAAAGAGAUCAAAAUACACAUGGGGGAUAUUCUGUGCUAGACCCUAAUGUAGAAUGUCCAAUAUCUCCAUUGUUCAGGGACUUUUAACUCCCCCCUGACCUGACAUAGUGGCUUACAGUUUGUAAUUAUGUGACAUUUUGUAGGUCAUUUGGGGGAGGGGGGGGUCAAGUGGUUAGUGUUGAGUGGAAUGUGUUACAAUGUUAAGUGCUUUCCCCUUUAUACAGCAUUGGUGUAUGCCCAAUAUAUGCACUUUUUAAUGGUAAAUGAAUGGGAUCAGCAGCUGUUAACUGUUUUGGUCUCCUCCAUAAAUACAAUGUUUCAAAAUUUGGUGGUUAUGUUUAGUCUGUGUAAUAACAUUUCUUUUUUUUUGUUUUGUGCAGUUACAUCUGGUGUGGGAUACUACCUCAAACAUUUGCAUUAACAUUUCUUUAAAAACAUCCCAUAAAGAAAGAAGUUGCUUUGCUGUUUUUACAAUACAGCUAGACUAGGAGAAAAAAAAUCCACAUCUUAAAUAAAUUGACUUUAUUAAAAUGCCAUAUUAAUUACUCAUCUCUCGCAAGUAAUUGGUUGAAAGCAGGAGCACAUACAUAUGCAUUCAGCAAUGACACUUCACG